CCGAUUUCGGUCUUAGCGCAGCUAUCUCCCGCAGAUAAUGGCACCUCGCAGCCACAAUCCCGAAAUCCCGACUGUAAGACCUGUGAACAUUGCUUGCCGAACCUAAAGCCUUUGCUCGAUCACUUUGAGAAACUGAAGUCCGCAGUUGAUACCAACGAUGAACUAAAAAACGAUAUUAGGAACAUGUCUGCUACCAUUAGGGAGUUGGAGAACGUAGAGAACCACCUGGUUAUUUGGUAGAGCAUUUCCCUAAACAACAAGGUUUUGGUAUUCGGAUACCGCAAUCUGAAACCGUUGAACAAGACUCGAGUGAUAAAUGGUAUCACGUCCUCCCAGGACUGAUCCAGGAAUAUACCUAUAACAAUAACAUGCCAUUCCAACCAGUUGGAGGACAACAGAGACUGCCGGAAUAUAACCUUGUAGAAAUGAUGAUAAGGCCCACUUCGUACAGGAAAAAAUACUAGAUUAAAUCGUUGCAAAACUUUGAUAUAUAAAAUUUGUCAACAUAAAGUUUAUAACAUUUGAGUUACUGAUACAUUCUGAAAAGAAACAGUUUCAAUUUAGUAAAAAUGUUAAAACAUUAAAAUUAACUUCUAAACACAACUCACUAUUUAGAAAUAAAUUUUAUAAUGCAUGCCUUUUUGAUUGGGAGGAAAACAUUUAGUCACAGAUAUUAGGCUCGGUCGAAUUCAUUGUGUUCCUGCUCAGGUGUUGUCCCCCAGAAGAUUAGUUUACCCCAAAACAUCUCCACAUCAUGGCCAUGUCACUUUGGUCAGCAAUCCUACUGCUCAUCCUGGUCUGCCCUAUCGUUAGGACCCUCGAGGAGAAGCGGAUUCGGGGACUGCUUAACUUGGAACGCGAUCUCCUACAGAAUCUGCUUGAGUAUGCUCAAAAGCUGGAGGAGAAGAUCAGCCUAAUAAACAGUUCUUUGGAAGAUUACUUUGACGACAUAGAUGAGGCCAAGAGGGAUCCGGAGGAGUACCUCUCCAAUCCGCUAAAUGCCUUUCGAUUGAUCAGACACAUGCACCAGGAUUGGGUCAGUUGGCAGGUGUACAUGGAGGAGAAGGUGGGCCCCGACCAGGUGGCUCAGAUCGACCGCUUACUGCCGCAGCUUCCCCAAAAGUCAGCAUUCAAGAAGGCCGCCAAGGAGGUGCAUAGCCUGACUCAGUUCUACGGCUACGAGCCCGCAUCCCUGGUGGCCAAAAAUGAGCGAAACAGUUCCCUACACCUUUCCCCUCUGGACUGCUAUCAGAUGGGGUUGGAGCUCUACGAGGAGCACGAUUACCUGGGGGCAGCAAAGUGGCUUAAAGUGGCUGCCGAACACUACACCCUAUCGAAGUACAGUGGUCUCUACGAUCUACUGGGAGCCCCGCGCUGGCAGGUCUAUCGAGAUCUGGCCAGGGCCCUCUUUAAACUGAAUCGCGAAUCUUUUAAUGAUGCCUACGCGACGGCCCUGCGCUUGAACUCCCAGAAUGUCCAUCUAAUACAGGAGGUGGGUCAGACGGAGUUGUUGAGUUUGAGGGAUCCCAUGGAACCCAUACUCGAUCCCGAACCGAGUCCCAGUGUCCUGGAAAGGCAUUGUCGUGGCGGAAUCUCGCAGGGUCGUCUCAAGUGCGAGCUCAAUUCGUGGGUUCAUUCAUUUCUGGAAUAUGCUCCAUUGAAGUUUGAGGAGCUCAGCCAGGAUCCCUACACUAUCCUUUAUCCUGGAAGCAUCUACGAAUCGGAGAUGAAGCACGUCGAACACGCCUUCGAGCAAUGUCCGCCCAACGUCCAAUUUGAACUAAUGAAGGGAGUUACCGGGUGCUCCAUCUCCGAUGGAUAUAGUCCGGUACUGAAGCGCAUAAAUGGGAGGAUUUUGGAUAUGACAGGAGUGGAAGAGACCUGGAAGACGUUCUUUAUAGUUGAGUACGCCCAGUUGCAGGCUUUCGAGCCCUUCAAUCUGUUAAGGAACUCCACCAAGUUUCCACAGCUGAACGUUAUGAAUUCGGAGGACAUCGAGGCCACUGUUUUAAUAUUCCUCAGAGAUGUGACAUUGGGUGGGGCUAUUACCAUGCCAAAAGAAGAUCUUUUUGUCCAACCCAGGAGGGGCAAUGUGCUGAUCACCUUGCAACACAAGGAGCUGGCCACCACGAUUUGUCCAAAUAUCGCAGGCAGUGGAUUAGUUAUGAUCAAGUUCAUUUUGAAAAAAGAAGAGUAAGAAGCCCAUUUCUCUUUUACACUGAAUAUUGUAAUGAAAAUAAAUAAUAAA